CUGAAAUCCUGGGGGAGAGAAAGAAAUUCCAGUCAAAGCUCUUUGUAAAAGAGUGUCCUUGGAAGCUGUACCCCUCACGCUAUUUCCCUCUCUUUCUCUCUCUACUCUUCAAUAAUUUUAUCUAGUGUUUCUAAUUUCCUUCUUCAUCGACUCCAAGCUUCUUCUCUCGCACUGGAAUGUUACCAAAUCUCAUUUCUCAGGGUUGAAGAUGCUGACGUCUGCACUUUGAGCAAUUUUUCUUGUUUGAGUAAACUUGUGUGGCUUCUGGUGCUAAGAUGAGCUCGGUUGCUGUAAAACCAAAAUAUGACGCAAUGCUUGUUGACAAGCUUCCUGGAGAAAUCAAUGAGAUGAAAAUCAAAGAUGAUAAGCAGGAAAAGGAAAUGGAAGCUACUAUAGUGGAUGGAAAUGGAACUGAAUCAGGCCACAUAAUUGUAACAACUAUUGGGGGAAAAAAUGGCCAACCUAAGCAGACCAUCAGCUACAUGGCAGAGCAGGUUGUUGGACAGGGUUCUUUUGGAAUUGUCUUUCAGGCUAAGUGCCUUGAAACGGGGGAAACAGUUGCGAUAAAAAAGGUGUUGCAGGAUAAGAGAUAUAAGAACAGGGAACUUCAGACAAUGCGUCUUCUUGAUCAUCCUAAUGUCAUUUCACUCAAGCACUGUUUCUUUUCAACUACGGAGAAAGACGAGCUUUACCUCAAUUUAGUACUUGAGUAUGUACCAGAGACAUUGUACCGUGUCUCAAGACACUACAGUAAAGCAAACCAGAGGAUGCCUAUGAUUUAUGUCAAGCUCUAUAUUUAUCAGAUCUUUAGAUCUUUGGCUUACAUCCACGGGAUUGGGGUUUGUCACAGGGAUAUAAAGCCUCAAAAUCUAUUGGUCAAUCCUCACACCCAUCAACUAAAGCUCUGUGAUUUUGGAAGUGCCAAAGUUCUGGUGAAAGGUGAACCCAACAUUUCAUACAUAUGUUCUCGCUAUUAUCGUGCACCUGAGCUGAUAUUUGGAGCAACUGAAUACACAUCUGCCAUUGACAUUUGGUCUGUUGGCUGUGUUCUAGCAGAAUUACUUCUUGGGCAGCCCCUCUUUCCUGGUGAUAGCGGCGUUGAUCAACUUGUUGAAAUAAUCAAGGUGCUUGGGACCCCAACACGUGAGGAAAUAAAAUGUAUGAAUCCAAAUUACACAGAAUUUAAGUUCCCGCAAAUCAAGGCUCACCCCUGGCACAAAAUCUUUCAUAAGCGCAUGCCACCUGAAGCUGUGGAUCUGGUCUCAAGGCUUCUCCAGUACUCUCCAUAUCUUAGGUGCACUGCGUUGGAGGCUUGUAUUCAUCCGUUCUUCAAUGAACUUCGUGAUCCUAAUACCCGUCUUCCCAAUGGCCGUCCUUUGCCACCUCUGUUUAACUUCCGGCCUCAAGAGCUAAAAGGAGCAACACCAGAACUCCUAUCAAAAUUGAUACCAGAACAUGCAAAAAAGCAGUUUGCCUGCAUGGGCUAGCCUGAUGGGGUUAUUUGUCUUGUGUAUACAUGUACUGAUGUGCAAACAACUGCCAAAUUGUAUUUUCUGUUGUGACCGAAGAUUUAGGAUGCUCUAUCACACCUUAUUUAUUGCUCAACCGAUUAAUGAGUUAUGGAUACUGUUCCCUCUGCUUGUUGUAAGAUGUAACAUUGCUCUUUUGGCGCCAUUUGACUAUUACUGACUAACAAAACUAUGUGUAUUGCGGCUUUUCUAUUUAAUAAUUAUUAUGUUAGUUUUCCAAAACAAUAAGUCACUCUUUAAUAAGUUUCUUUUUUAGGGCGCUUUCAAUAUCGG